UAGAAAUCUAUUAUAUUCCCCAUGAAUUAGGAGCAAGAGUUCCGAUCAACCCUCCGGUAACCUAUUUCAAGGCACACUUGUAAAAUCUGGAGAGGCUAUGGCUCCCAAAAAGGUUGAAACUGGUGGUAGAGAUUUGAUCAGUAGCUUACCAGAUGAGCUUCUGAGUGAGAUCCUAUCUUUGCUUCCAACUAAAACUGCUGCUUCCACAUCAAUUCUCUCAAAGAGAUGGAAGAAUCUGUUGUCUCUGGUUCACAACCUUGAUUUCGAUGAGUCCACCAUGGUCUUUGAUCCCUCACUACCAAAAGCUGGUCUUCGCUUCAUUGAUUUCGUGAGGAGAACCCUUGUAUUGCUAGGUGAUUCUCCCAUUCACAAAUUAUCUUUGGAAUGGAAAUCUGAGAAAGCUCAGCAUCUUAUCUACCCUCUGAUCUACAAUGCCCUACAACGUGAAGUCUUGGAGCUACAUUUGAUAUCACCAAAACGUCAGUUCGUACCGUCUGAGUUGUUCUUUAGCAAGACACUGGUUAAGCUCACUCUAACACUUGGAUGUUUUGCCCGAGAAACGACAACGUGCAGUGUGCUUUUCCCUGCGCUUAAAUCUCUUUCUCUCUUUUCAGUCAUGUUUGCUGCAUCUUCUGAAAUGUAUGGUGUCCUCCUCGUUUUGGAUCAAACAGGUUUGGGGUUCAUCCAUCAAGAGGAUAACCAUUUUCUACCGUUCUUGUGAUCUAGAUGAUUACUCAUGUUUUAUCUUUAAGACCCCCAGUCUUGUGUUCCUUGACUACUCUAGUUACGCCGCACAAGAUUAUCUUGUU